UUAUUAUGAAACGUGCUCGUCAUCAUUUAAAGGUUAUCGAUUUGGUUGGUUUUCGUCUUGAUCCAAAAUUAAAUUAUUCAAUUUGCUCAUCUUUAAAAAUUGUUCCAAGUGUGCAUACUUUAUAUUUUGACUAUAUGCAAUUGACAAAUUCUUCUCUUUCUUUAAUUGGACGUCAUUUACCGAAACUUAAACAUUUAUCUUUUCGGAAUUGUUUUAAGCACACAAAUAUGGAGAAAGGUCUUACCAAGCUUUUUUCAUCUUGCCAAUCUUUGGAGUCUUUAAAUGUUAGCGAGAAUGAAAUACUUAAAGGAGAUUGUUUUGAAGAGUUACCAAAGACGAUUAAAAAGCUGAAUAUUUCUUGUUGUUUUCGUUUAAAAUCUGCUGCAGUUAGUGGAAUUCAAGCAAAUUGUACAAAUUUAGAAACUUUAAUUAUGGAUCAAGUAGAUACUAUACAAACACAACAAAUGAAUAAUAUUUUUAUGGCUUUAAAAAACUUAACUGUGCUUCAUUUUUCUGAAUGUUAUGGAACUGCAAUCUUACCCAUUUACGCGAAAUGCAUGUUAGUGACAAUUUGUUAA